AGCUUUUGUUCUUUGCUCAGAAAACAGGAUUUGUUUCUCUCGACAUUUUGUUUAUUACAUGGCUUUGAUGCACACUUUUCACUCAGAUCUGUGCAUACAAGGGGAGAGUACUUCCUGUCACAUGACCGGAAGUUGAUGUCUGUGUGAUUUCAUUGAGAGAGAACUGGAAUGUUCGUUCUUUUAUUGGUGAAAGACUUUGCGUUUUAUUUUCAUUUCGCAUCACAUUAGUGACAUAAAGACAAAUUGUAUUAAUAUGAGUGUGAUCAGAUGUUUAAAAUGUAGUCUAGUUUGGUAACUUUCUGAACGGUGUAUGAGAUCUCUAUCCAGUAGAUUGAAAAUACAAAUGUUGUUGUACUCUCCUGGUUGCUAUCUCUUGUAAUAUCACUUCUAUAAUACUGCGAAGUAUCAGCAGUACGCUACUAAAUCGUAUUGAUUCACUUUGGGCUAGAUCUUAUAUUGUAUUCAGCCAAGGAAACACACUGGCCAUUGGCCAUCGUAAGAGUCACAUGAUCUGCUAACAUCCGGUUUGGGAUGGAGCUCCUCUGGGAAGACCCUCUGGACCUGCGCCAGGGUUCCGAGGUGCUGUUGGAGAACAAGAGUGUGUCCAGCGAUGUCGAGGUGACCUGCGUGGAGCCUGGGAUUACCGUAGAUGUGGACCAACUGACCGUGGUGGAGGAGGAGACGUCAGAGAAAGAUGGCGAUGUAUUCAGUAAGCUUGUCAUAGAGAGCCCAAUUCCAAUGUCUGGUCUAGCCAUGAGUCCAGGGGUCAUCAAAGCCAAACACCAAGAGUGUAUGUCAUGCAAAAAGCCAAUCACAGAAAGAUAUUUUCUUAAGGCCAUGGACCAGUAUUGGCAUGAAGACUGUCUCAAGUGUUCCUGUUGUGACUGCAGACUUGGUGAAGUCGGAUCCACAUUGUUUAACAAAGCCAACCUUUUGUUGUGCAGGAGAGAUUAUCUCAGGUUGUUUGGUACAACUGGUUACUGUGCUGCUUGCAAGAAGAUGAUCCCUGCCUUUGAAAUGGUCAUGAGAGCUAAAAAUAAUGUUUACCAUUUGGAAUGUUUUGCCUGUCAGCAAUGUAUGCACAGAUUCUGUGUUGGAGACAGGUUCUAUCUUGCUGAUAACAAAAUCCUUUGUGAGUUUGACUAUGAAGAGCGAAUGAUGUUCGCCAACCUGGGCCCACCUAUGUCACACACAGGCCUACCAAAUGGACUAUCAAAUGGCAGCAAUGGCCCCAAUGGAAUCCCAGGCCCUGGUCCUGGUGCCUGCAUGCCACAGUAUGGUUACAGUGGGUACAAUGCCUUGAAUCAGAUCAAACGACAGACACAGAGCCUGAGUGAUGAUGUGUCCAGUGGCUACGGGAGCCCAUCACCUAACUCCUUAUGACAAUAUGUGCCACCCAGUGCUAAAGGCAAGCGAGAGCGGGGGAGAAAGACUAAAGACAAAUAAACACUGGGAGGGACCUGACUUUUGGACAGGAAUAGGACUGCAUGACUUACUGGGGGAAGGACAUUGACUUAACUGGGGGAAGGACAUUGACUUACUGGGGGAUUAUAAUCAUUGCUGACUGAAAUCAAAGCACUGGGGAAAGUUUGUUUGACUCACUAAAGAAUGAUUUUGUCUUAAGGGAACACUCUUCUACAUGGUUAACCUGUGGAAUGAUUUCAGUUCACUGUGAAAUAGUCUAAGUCACAGUUGGAUGAUUUUGGCUCACCUGCAAAUGACUUGUGCUUCUGAGGGAGGAAAUUCUACGCACUGGGAAAUGAGAUUAUCUUGUGUGAUGCUGAAAUCAAAGUGUACAUAUUGGAAGCUUGUCUGAACACCUGGACAAAAAUUAAAUUGUGAUAUAUUAGAACAUCAGCAUACUGACUUCACUUGGACCAAUAGAAUGACUGGAUAUAUUAGAACAUCAGCAUACUGACUUCACUUGGACCAAUAGGAUGACUGGAUAUAUUUCUUACGUGCUUUGGCAUUGCUUCAUUUUAAUGGCACACUCAUAAGGCUGCACAUUAUUGAAUUAGAAUGGAAUGUCAAACUGGUUUAUUUAUUUCUGAGUUCAUAGUUUACAAUGACCAGUUAAAUGUGUGCUGUGACUUGAUAUACUGGUGCUGUCAGCAGUCUCCAAUGUUUUACAAUCAGGUGACAUUUCUACAAUCAGCAGACAAUGACAUCAUUUCUUGUCCUCCAAUGAACUGAUUUGUUCAUCUAGUGAUCCUCACUUUUGUUCCAAUUUUUUUCCUCAGUUUCUGUUCUUUGAAUUGCUUGGUCCAAUAAAAUAAUAAAGCUUUUUUUUUAUUUUUACUUCAGAAAUUUGUUAGCCUUGUAUUCAAGAUAGAACAAUAAAUAUUUAAACAAAGAAGCUAAAGAAAAGCACCUGCUCAAAUUUAUCAAAUCAAUAGCUUUUUAAAAUAAGUUUAAUAUUUUAAAAAAAAAAUAGAGAGAUAUGAAAAAAUCAAAAUUUACAUUGCAUUGUAGGAACAUUUUCUGAUAAUUUAUGCUGUGACUCUUUGAGACAGUCCUCCAAACAUUUAGCUUCUAACAGAGUGCAGAUGUUAAACCAAGUGCAAUGUUAGGUUCUAGCAGAGUACAGAUGUUAAACCAAGUGCAAUGUUAGGUUCUAACAGAGUACAGAUGUUAAACCAAGUGCAAUGUUAGGUUCUAACAGAGUACAGAUGUUAAACCAAGUGCAAUGUUAGGUUCUAACAGAGUACAGAUGUUAAACCAAGUACAAUGCCCACUUAGCUUCAUGUCCUCUCUCCCAAAGGAGACUUUUAUUUAAAAGUAAUUUGUUUUUCUACAAGGGAUUUUUAAAAUGUUUUAAGGUCUCAUGAACUACGUCAUGUUUUCCAAUGAGUUAGUUUUUAAUUUCUGUUGUGUUUUGAAAUGUAUUCCAAGGACAUGAAAAUGUGAAGUCUUGUGAUAUUGUCAGGUGACAGUGAAAAACAACAAAACAUUCUUCUGUAAUAAGGUGCCAGAAAUUUUCUCUUCAGCUUUGUUCUUGCGUGUGGUGUAUACAGUGGGUUCUUGUAUUGGUGUCUGACUUUUUCAAUCUUUCUCUUGUCCUCAGCAUUUUAGUUACAUUUUUUUUUAUCUUUGUGGUGGUGUUCAUUUCUUUCAAUUGUUUGAUGUUGAAAAUGUUUAUUGGAUGUUCACAUUUUUUGCUGAUUGAUGUAAGUAUAUUAGUGUGUGUAUGUUGCAUCAGGUACAGGAAUGGUAGCUAAGAUUACAAAAACAGAAUUGAUGGAGUAACUUGAAUGUCCAAAUGUUUUAAAAGAAUUGAAAUGGCAGUUUUGUUUGCCAGUUAGGAAUGUGUUGGCUGGUAUUGCAAGAGUAGUACAUUGUAAGACUUCAGAAUGUUCAGUGCUGCUGGGAUUGCAAGGGUAGUACAUUGUAAGACUUCAGAAUGUUCAGUGCUGCUAGCUUUUAAGACUGCUAUACAUCCAGUGUCAGUGUGUGUGUAAAUCUUGUGCGGAGUCUACAACUUUGAACGGAUGUGAAAAAAUAUUGACAAGAAAACUGAACUGUUGCAAAUGUCAAAUGUAAAAAAAUGUACAUAAAUGUCAGAUGUCAACAAAAAAAAAGUUUCAUUCUAUUAAAUCCUAAUUUUAAAAA